AUGCCCUACACCGGCCGUUGUAACUGCACCAGCGUCUCCAUCACCCUGCCGGCACAGCCGGAGAGGAGUGUAGCCUGCCACUGCAUCAACUGCAAGAAAGCUGGAGGAGGCUCUUUCUCAAUCAACUACUUCAUCAAUCAAAGUGACAUGACCAUCGAAGACCCCAGCCAGGCAAUGACGAUCUACAGCGAUCCCAACACUUCUUCAGGGAACAUCGUCCAGCGUCAUUUUUGCUCCAGUUGUGGAAGCCCACUAUUCACGUUGUCGCCAAAGGUCCCGGGUAAAGCGUAUCUGAAAGCAGCGCUGUUUGACAUUGUGUCAAAGCCAGAAUCGGUGUUUUUCGGCGAUAAGCAGGAGGAGUGGGUGAGCAUCAACACGGCAUAG